AUGCCCAUCUACUCCUCGCUGUACUCGAAUUUUAUCCGUCAAGGAUCUACAUUCGCCAAAUCCGUUACCGCCCACGGCUACGCGCAAUCCGUCGUAGCUGCUACUCAUCCUCACGUUCUCAACUCGCAGAACCGCCCCGUCUUUCGCCGACUCUCGAACCGGUCCACUCGUGCCUCGGCUUUCCCUCUUUAUUCCGCUUUACAGAGCGAAAAGGCAUCAGCCGGGCUCCCGGUCGACCACCGCCAUGUCUCGAAUCAUGGAGGCUUAGAUGCCUACUUCGAGGCUCUGCAGAAGCAGCAGGCCACCGGGGAGGAGGAAGAGAAGGAAUGGACACAGUUCGACUUUCCCAAGCGCAUUGAGUGGAAGCCCAAUGCGUCGUCAGUCCUCGCUGGCGAAAAUGGAGUCGAGGCCAGCGCAGAGGCCGCCGAGCAGAGCGCUGCUCCGGCAAUGGAGACUAUCCAAGAGGUUGAGGAAUCUCAACAUCUGAUGACUCCGGAGGAGGAAGCAGCGCUUGCACACAUCGACGCGGCACUCGAAAAGGAGAUCCAAGCGCGGAACCUCCAGGCGGCUGUAGAAGAAGCUGCCGCUAGAGGGCUGUCUCUCUCUGCCCCUCCCUCGCGUGCGCGCACACCUGUACCUGCGAUCGAAACAUCGCAAGUCACAGAUGAAGACGCCCGCACUGGUUCGCCGUCCAUCCAGGCCCAGUCUCAGUCGUAUGCCGACCACUUGGAGAAGCUGUCCGACGCUUCUCGGUAUGCGGAGAUUCCGGCCGUUUUCGAGGCCAUGCUGGCCACGGGCGUCCAGCCCAUUGCCAGUGCCUACAACGCUCUGCUGCUGGCCGCAAUUCACCUUCCUACCCAGAGAACCGAGGUCGUCUCCAAGGCACUGGAUGUUUAUGCCGACAUGAUGCGCCGCAGGGUGUCUCCUGAUGGCCAGACUUACAACAUCCUCGUCAACCUUCUUUCUACGCGGUCCCUGGAAGUCUCAGAAAUGAAGUCACUUCUCGAGGACAAGCGUCUGCGGUUUGGCGGAAUGGAUGAACCCGGCAAGUUCAUGUUUGCCUCCCACGAGCUGGAGCACGCCAUCUUGUGCGAGGAUGAACGUCUCGACCUGGCCGUCAAGCUGUUUGACAUGUCCUAUGACGCAGGCAUGAUUUCUUAUUCAGCCGAGACCUACCGACAACUGAUUGCUGCCUGUGCUCAGGUUGGCCGAGUGUCGGACAUGCUGCGAUUUUAUGAGCAUAUGGAGCUCAGUGAGAUUGUGCCCUCUGCCGACGUCUUUCCUACCAUGAUCACUGCGUAUGCCAAGUCUGGAAACCUCAUCAGCGCUGUGGAGUGCUACAACGAGUACCGCAGCCUCGCCAUCUCUCACGACGCUGGGAGCUCGACCCUUGAAGACCGACUCGAUGCCCAGGUAUAUGCUUCGGUCAUCAACGCCUAUGUCAUCUCCGACAAGAUUGAGGGUGCCAUGAAGUUCUUCAAGAAGAUUGUGGACGAAUAUGGCGUCUCCGUCACCGACAUGAAGGAUGCCCUGGUUGACCUCGGAUUCAUCAAGGGCUUCAUCGCGCGAGGCGUCUACCAGGAGGCGCUCCAGUGGGCUCAAUCCCUCAAUACCAGCACCCGCGAUGCGGCCAUGAUGAAGAUUGCCACGGUGGCUGCCGACAACAACGAUGCCCCCACGGCGCUCGAGGCCUAUGCUAACAUCCAGGCAGCGGACCUUCAGGACCUUGCUAACCCUUCGAUUGCUCUCCUGGCCAUGAGUGUGCGGCUCGGCGAUGUUGCUUCGGCUUCCAAGUAUUGGCACGUCCUCUCAAACCCCGAGAUGCGCGCCACGGCUGCCUUCAUCGAGCCCACUGCCAUGUACGCGGUUUCCCUUAUUGGUUCCGGUCAGGUUGCCGAGGGUUUGGCUCAGUCGGAGAUGAUGUUCCAGAGGAUCCGAGCUUCUGAGUCUGAGGCACGCGCUCAGCUUCUCGAAGAGAUUGACGAAGGUUCCGACUUCAUCGCCCGCUAUAUGGAAUCCCGUGGCAUCGUUGAUCCGCGUGAGAUGGCCUCUCCAAUGUCAACAAUCCCCUCACAGGCUCGCAGCAGCUCUCCCUAUGUGUCCACCCCUACGGUUUCCAGCUACGAAGACAACUAUGACCCGUACGCCCACAACACCGACUUCAAGGGCUCCUCUUUGAUCGCCGAUGACCUGGAGGGCAGCCAUGGUCGCAAGGGUCCUCGUCUCAAUGAAGCUCUCAACCGAUUCCGAAACAUGCGACGUGCCGGCCGACACCCCCGAUACAUUACGUAUGCGAAGCUGAUUUCCGCCGCUGCUCGCGAGAGCAAGAUGGACCUCUGCCAAGAUAUUCUCGCCAUGGCUCGCUCUGAUGUGCCCCCGAUUGCUCACAACGCCGUCGUACGCUAUGGCUGGUCUUCAAUCCUCGACGCGAUGGUUGGUGCUUGCCUGACGCUGGGCAACCGUGGACGAGCUGAGCAGUAUCACCAAGAGCUGCUGGAAAUGGGCGCCGCCCCUUCUGCCAACACCUUUGGACUGUACAUCACCACGUUGAAGGAUUCGACCAAGACGUUCGACGAAGCCUCGGAAGCCGUUCGCAUCUUCCUCCGCGCCAAGGCCGAGGGUGUUGAGCCCAGCUCUUUCUUGUACAAUGCGCUGAUCGGUAAGCUGGGCAAGGCUCGCCGCAUCGAUGACUGCCUCUUCUACUUUGCUGAGAUGAGAGCGCUUGGCAUCAAGCCGACUUCGGUAACGUACGGCACCAUUGUCAACGCGCUGUGCCGUGUCAGUGACGAGAAAUUUGCGGAAGAGCUCUUCGAUGAGAUGGAGUCCAUGCCCAACUACAAGGCCAGGCCGGCGCCGUACAACAGCAUGAUGCAGUUCUUCCUGACGACAAAGCGAGACAAGUCCAAGGUUCUUGCCUACUACGACCGUAUGAUGUCCAAGGGCAUCGCCCCGACUUCUCACACCUACAAGCUCCUGAUUGACACACACGCUACGCUGGAGACUGUCGAUCUUGAAGCCGCUGAGAAGGUUCUGGAGGAGAUGCGCGCGGCUGGUCAGCAACCUGAGUCGGUCCACUACGCUUCGCUCAUCCACGCCAGAGGCUGCGUCCUGCACGACAUGGACGGUGCGCGAAAGGUCUUUGACUCGGUCGUAGAAGAGUCUUUGGUUCCUGUCAAUGCCAGCAUCUAUCAGGCCCUGUUUGAGGCCAUGGUGGCUAACCACCGAGUUGCCGAAACACAGCCAAUCUUGGCGGAAAUGCGAAGCAGGCAUGUGGAGCUUACUCCAUACAUUGCCAACACGCUGAUCCAUGGCUGGGCUGCUGAAAAGAAGAUUGAGAACGCUCGGGCGAUUUACGAUGCCGUGGCUCGUGAGAAGCGCGAACCCAGCACGUACGAGGCCAUGACACGAGCGUUCCUCGCCCUUGAGAUGAGGGGCGAGGCAAAGGCAGUGGUGGGAGAGAUGCUCACUCGCGGUUACCCCAGUGCCGUGGUCAACAAGGUCCUCGAGCUUCUCGGUGGAGGCCAAGAGGUCAGCCUGGAGUGA